GCUGGACUGACACUCGAGAACCAGCAGGAAGACUGGUUCUGUCUCACUGAAGCAGGACCUGAGGCUGGAGUGAGUACUGCCGGACAGACUGGGAUGCUGAUUGGUUAACGAGCUGCUGAUUGGUUGAUGGGCUGCUGUUGGACUUUGAUGGACAGACUGAACUGCUGAGACUUGACGGCUCAGUGACUGCCGACAGUUGAGAUGGGCUGUCUGGGAGGGAAGACGGAGGAAGAACGACUGGAUGAAAAAGCGAAGAGAGAAGCAAACAAGAAGAUCGAGAGACAACUGCAGAAAGAGAGACAGGCCUAUAAAGCUACACACAGACUGUUACUGCUGGGUGCAGGGGAAUCAGGUAAAAGUACGAUCGUGAAGCAGAUGAAGAUUCUUCAUGUCGAUGGUUUCAACGCUGAAGAGAAGCAGCAGAAGAGAGACGACAUCAGGAAGAACGUGAAGGACGCCGUCGUGACCAUUGUGUCAGCCAUGAGCACGCUGACUCCGCCCGUGCCGCUGGGUAACCCUGGCAACCAGUUCAGAAUUGACUACAUAAGGAGCAUCGCACCACUGUCUGACUUUGAAUACACAGAGGAGUUCUUUGAGCAUGCUCAGAAGCUGUGGGAGGACGACGGCGUGAAGGCGUGUUUUGAACGUUCCAACGAAUACCAGCUGAUCGACUGCGCUCAGUAUUUCCUGGACAAGUUGGACUCAGUGAGGCGGACAGACUACACACCCACUGACCAGGAUUUGCUGCGCUGCAGAGUUCUGACUUCAGGGAUCUUUGAAACCAGGUUUCAGGUGGACAAAGUCAACUUUCAUAUGUUUGAUGUUGGAGGACAGAGGGAUGAACGCAGGAAAUGGAUUCAGUGCUUCAAUGACGUGACAGCCAUAAUCUUCGUGGCGGCAAGCAGCAGCUACAACAUGGUGAUCCGAGAGGACAACUCUACCAAUCGGCUGCGAGAAUCUCUGGACCUUUUCAGAUCCAUCUGGACCAACAGGUUUCUGAAGACGAUCUCAGUGAUCUUGUUCCUGAACAAACAGGACGUCCUCGCUGACAAGAUCCUGGCAGGAAAAUCUAAACUGGAGGAUUAUUUCCCCGAAUACAACAACUACGCUGUUCCUGCUGACGGUGUUCCAGAUGCUGAUGAAGACCCCAGAGUGACCAGAGCCAAGUUCUUCAUCAGAGACGAGUUCCUGAGGAUCAGCACAGCGAGCGGUGAUGGGAAACAUUACUGUUAUCCUCACUUCACCUGCGCCGUUGACACUGAAAACAUCCGCCGCGUCUUCAACGACUGUCGUGACAUCAUCCAGCGCAUGCACCUGCGGCAGUACGAGCUGCUCUGAUUGGCUGGUGGACGCUCACCUGGCUCCGCCCCCCUCAUGGACUGAAACGUGAUCUGAAGAUGUUAAUCUCAAAGCUAACCUGAGGUUUUGAUAGCUAAUCAAAACUGAUAGGUAAUCAAUUCCAAUAGAUCCUGAUAUAUUUAUUCUGUAUGUCUCUCUGCAGUUAGUAUCAGAUGGGCUUGAAUGGAUUAGUGAUUAUUGAUUAUUCAGUAGGACAGACUGAACAUAUCUGUGCCUUUCUUCUUUUCUUUUCUGUACGUCUGCCUGCUGCAGGGGAUUGUGGGUAGUGUAGUUCUGUCGGUGGGAGGGAGCCGAGGUCAUGGGUUUCCUGUUGCCAUGGCAACAGUCAUAUGAAAAAUAUAUUUUUUCAUGUUCCUGAACUUGUUAAUUAUUAAUAUUGCUGUGUUUCCCCUGAUUGGCUGUUCAGACUCUGAUGUCAGAGGUGAAUUUGUAAAAUCACAGAAAUAUUUAUAAUCGUCUUUCAUCGUUAGAAAAAAUCAUAUUAAAGAAUUUCUACGUCAAAGUUUUGAUUGUGUGUUUUCGUAGUUUCAGAGAGGAAAACACGUAUGUUACAUCAUCUGUAAGAAAAUUGCACACAUAUAUUUUCCUGCUUUUACGCUUAUUAUUAUAUAUUUUUUCAUGGUUUAUGUGAU